CAUUUGGCUCAGCUGCGUGAACAAUACUCCAAACAAGGAACCUUCGAACUGAGACACUGAAUCUGUAACUCUCAGCCGCCUUAGUCCUGCUCGCCUCGCCACUGCCGCGUGGUUACGACAAGACAGCGGGCGGCCGCGUACUAGUUUCCUUAGUACUUGUGCUUCCGUGUCAAUACCGUGUGCUGUAAACUGCUGAACGAACUGAGAUACUCAUUCAGUUUUGGUCGCCUCUGCAUUAUCUCGUGGUGACGUAAAGGUGACGGCCCGUGUGUUAGUUUCCCCGGUAAUUGUGCCUCCGUAACAUUACUGUGUGCAGUGGUCGUGAGAACUGCGAGGCGGCGGUGCAGACUGUGCCGUGGAGAGCCGCGGAGUGUUGGAAUCGCCUCUCAGUCACCUUGAAGGCGUCAUAUUCCCUCCUCCUGCUCUUCCCCGUGUCUUCCUGUCUAUGUUGACAGGACCUGCGGGAGGGUGAAGAGCGCAAGGAGUUGACUGAUCCCAGCAUGCGGACGUGCCUGAAGCCUGACCCGAGCGGGGCGCGUCUCACUCUUGACCCAGCGCAAGGCUCCGACACCGCCACCUACAAGUGCCGGGUGGACUUUGAAAUGUCGUCCACCCGCUCCACCCUCGUCACCCUCACUGUGUACGUCGUGCCGUCGUGCCUGGUGCUCCUGGACACUGGAUGGAGUCCUGUCCACGGCGGGGUGUUGAGGUCACUGAUCGAGGGUGACCCGCUGACCCUGCAGUGCACCGCAUCGGGGGCCUCGGCCGCGGACAGCCCCGUGAUGGUCAGCCCUCCAAGUGUGCUCGUCUUAGCAAGGCCUUCCUCUCCCAGACGACCAAAACGCAAAGGGAGGUGUUCCACGCGCCCUUCUUCACCACCCGGUUCUGUACGGCCUGGACGGGGCUCUUCUGCCCGCUCUGCCUCACCUGCCUCUUCUGCUUCAGGAGGGACAAGGACUCACUCAAGGUCUCCCUCAAAACCAUCGCGCAGAACUUCAGGGACCGCGGCAUCACUUUCAGCAAGUUCAUGACCCGGUGCUGCCUCUUCUGCAUGCUGUGGCUGGUGACAGACUACAUGCACGUCUACUCGCUUCGGAUCCUCGACUGCACUGACGUCAUGGCUCUCUACUCUGCCCACGUCUCCUUCGUGUUCCUCCUCUCGUGGGUGAUCCUGCAUGACCAGUUUGUCGGCGUCAGGGUGACCCACGAACCACCCCUAACAAUGGUGAUGAAGAACCAGAAGUGGGCUGUAUAGGUGACGAGAUAACUACCUCAGGUCAUCCUGGAAGUGGCGAGGUGACCCCAUACAACUCCACAAGGUCGUGGAGGACGCCAGGCAUAGUCCUGCAGACUCCAGAAAUACAUAUCACCACCACCUUGACUCCUGCUGCUAGCUGGCGAAGGACACGUGGUCGCCUACACUCGGCCAUCCACCUCACCUGGGCAACCAUCUGCCCCAGACUGCUACCCGGACAUCAUCCAGCCACAAGAACCCAGAUAAGCACUUCCAGGGUCCUUGGUUGUGGUUAGCUAGCUAGUUUAGUUAAGGGUCACUUGCUGUAGAUAGGAACCCUCCUCGGUCUGUUUUUUUUUGUAACGCUGUGCUCUACGUGACUGAUAGUGUUUAUCUUUUUUUUUCUGAAGACCAGUUCUGUGGUUAUCUUGAAGGUUAACGGAGAAGAGUACUUCACACCUGUGUUUUUAUUUAUUUUUUUAUUGGUCCCUUUGUUUUUUUGUUUGUUAUUUAUUUAUUUGUAUUGAAAUAUGUGAGUGUGAAUGCAGCACAAUAUAUAAAGGUGUGCAUUCCAGAGUGAAAGGAAGGCGUGCACAGGCUAGAGUGCACAGGAUGCAGUGCCUUUUUUAUCACCAGACCUUGAUUGAUUGAAGCAAAUGAAAACUUUGGUGUGAGUACCUUACAAAGACACCUGACAAUACUAAUGUCACCUCACCUCGUGGUUUCACCUUAACACCUACAAACAUUGGCUGGACACAAGGUCAUAAAAAUAAUUUAUUCUCAUAUAUUCUGAUCUUUACAAAUUAGUCUUUCCACAUCAAAGUAACUAAUCACCUUUAUUCAUACACUUGAGGAGGGUUGAAGGAUCGCUAAUCCCUUGUUAAAUUGCCUGUGUUCAACUCGUGUAUCUCCUCCCUCAUUUAUUGACCAAUUUCUUUAAUUUAAAAAGCAUUUUGAUCAGGAAGGAUAGGAGAAGAAUCUCUGCUAUCUUCUUUUUUUGUACGAUAAUUUUUCUUUCUAUGAAAAUUAAAAAAAAAUGAAAUAUUUGUCAGAAAUCAAAAUCAACUCUAAACAAAAAUGACGACAGCAGACUUUGUUCGCCUCUCACAGUUUGAUAAGCCGCAAUAGCCCAUCUGUGUGUAACACCAAUAACAACGGACCAGAUCAUUUUUAUAUGCCAAAAUCCGCCAUUUUGAGAUAUUAUGUCAUAAAGUUUGAGGGGUGACAAUAAUUCACCUAUUGCAGCCAAGGACUUGAAAUUCACGUGAUAUAUACAUCAGAAUAUGUUGAAAAA